AUGGCGUCGCAGAAUCAGCCGGGGUCAUCAUCUACGGAUCCGGACCCGGAGAGUUACCUUAACGACCCUCGAUUCCACCAGUCCUUCACCUUGGCCCCCGGCUCCGACCGCCCGGAAAACUUCAAGGUCACGUUUUGCGACUACGGUUAUCGCAAUCUAAAGAGUCCGGAGCGCGAACACGUGUUGCUACUCUGCGGUCCCCUCCUGGGCAGCCGCUACCUUCACAUAGCCAAAGACGCUCUAGCAAAGAAACACAAGGUCCGCGUAAUCCACGCAGACAGACCAGGCUUCGGCGGCACAACCCACGUCGACGCACAAGACCGCGUCCGCCUCUGGCUCGAAAUCGUGCCCGCCCUCCUCGCGCACCUCUCUAUCCGCCAUGUCUCUCUCGCCGCCCACAGCGGCGGCACAAUCUACGCUCUCAAUACGAUCCUGCACCUACGUCACCUUCUCUCUCCCACGCAUCCGUACUUGGCUCUCGCUGCGCCGUGGGUCCAUCAGUCCCGCUCGGGUGCCGCGCUCAUGACGAUCGCGGGCGGGCUGCCAGAGACCGUGCUGGGCGGCUUCCACACACUGGCCGGGUUCUCACUGAAGCAUGUUGCGCCCAUGUCGGAUGCGGUGGGUGGCUUCUUUUCUAAUAUGCAAACUGUGAGCGGGUUGUUGCUGGCGUCGAUGCGGACGGGCUCUGCUGCUGAUCAUACGCAUACCCCUGCGGCGGAAGCGAAUCCCAUGGCAGAGUUUGAGGAGAAGAUUUGGCCGCAGCUCAUGCAGAAGGUAUGGUCUGAGGAUACGAGAGGCCUCAGCCAAGACGCCAUCUUGCUGCUGAAGAGGGCGGGGCACUCGGAGUACUGGGGUUCAUGGAAGGACUAUGACGAGCUCGUCACCCUGCUGGCGGAGGCUGAACACAAUCUCGAUGCUGGCGUCGUGGAGGGCGCUUCGAAGCUCAAGAUUGACGUGUUUUGGGCGGAGGAGGACCAGAUGAUUGGUGUUGAUAAGGGGCCGAAGUGGUUCGAGGAUUGCUGGAGGGCUGAGCAGCGCCGUGAUGUGAUUGAGUUUGAUAGUCAUGUUGUUCCUGGGACCGAUCAUGAUACUAUUAUGGAGUUGAAGUUUGAUGUGUUUGAGAGGAUUCUACGCAAGGUUGGCGGGAUGAGCGAGGAAGAGGAUUCUAUAUUGCCAUCUGCGGCAUAG